AUGAGCGCUCCAGUUUCAGAAACCCGCAAAUUGUUACCAAAGAAAACAAGAUCUCGAGAGGGAUGCGUACGAUGUCGCCAACGACGGCAAAAGUGCGAUGAGAGCAGGCCUUUCUGCGAUAGAUGCGUUGAGGCGGGGAGCAUCUGCAAAUAUGAGGUUGCGCUGAGUUGGGGCGGAAGGUCGUUCGCGAAAUCUACCUUCGGAAAAUGUCUUCAUGGUAUUCAAAGAACAGGCAACACCUCAACAGACAAUGGCUUCGUCUACUGCACGAUUCAUCCCCCGUCGCCUAGGUCCAGGACAUCGCGGAGGAUCUCAGCAACGCGGUCAGAUGCCAACCAUGAAACAAUGCUACAGCGCUCGACAGAAAACCAUGUGCCGGAAAACCUGCCGAAUACAUUGGAUGGGAAUCGCAGCACCACCAAAAACACCUUGAUGUUGGAAAGCGAUUGCAUUCCUGAGGUAUCUCCAAGGGCUCACCCACAAGAUAGUCUAACCAGUCCUCUGCGCCCUUUCGAGUCGCUUAUUCCGCGACCUCAACAUCAGAUAUCCAUUCUUCCUCCCAUGGCUCAAUACCUCUUCCAAUUCUACCUCUCCGAAACGAUGAGACUCACAGUCCCAAGCAGCUAUGCCAAAACAGAGAUUUGCCGAUUCCUCGUCCCGAUGUCGCUCCAAGAGCCCAGCUUACUCUACGCCGUGAUGGCGUUCGCCGCUGUUCAUCUCGAUGCCAUCGGUAUGCUGCCUGGAAACUCGCAGCGACUUAUAGACAGCCUUCAUUGGGCGAGCAUCAAUCAUCUUCGAAGAUUGUUGGAAGAUACUGACUCUACGUCACAAGCCGUGGCGUUGGCGACCACGAGAACACUAUGCCAGGCUCAGAUUUAUGGUGGAACAUCAUUAUGGCGCAUCCAUCUUGAUGGUGCGCGCGCUAUCCUCCAGACAUCUCAAACAGGCAAACAAGUGAUGAGCAGGCCUCAUAUACCUGCAAACACCGGCUUCUUGGAUAGUUGGUUCCAUAAUGCGGAAGCACUAGCUUCCUUGAGUCCAACCGGGCUGCUCAGCGGCCAGCUUCUUGUCCACGGCGAAGCUGACUCUGGAGUGUCUUUUGACAUUUACGGUGGUGUCAUGUCUGAUCUGCCUGCAUUAUUCAAGGAAGUCGGAACUCUCCUGGGACAGAAACACAUGCGCACCCCUGAACUCGAACUCGAAACGGAGAAUCUUGUUCAGCAGAUACAUGUACGGCUCUCUCGCGACAAAGCUGAGAAUAUGAUUAUCAGAUCAGAGAUGCUUUCGUUUCUUUCAGCAAAAGAUAUCCAAAACUACGCACUCAGCAACGCUGGCUUUCUCUAUAUGGCACUCUUGCACCUGUACUGUAGCAUGAGAUCUCUGCCUCCUUUCGCUGCCGAAGUCCGCUUCUGUGUCGCUCAAAUCAUUCAGUGCGCUCAUAGAACGUCUCGUGAGUCUGGACUCUCGCCGAGAGUACUGUUAGUCUCACCCCUAUUCACCGCCGGGCUUUAUGCUAUCGGAGCUGCACGAGAUCAGAUCAGGCUCGAGCUCGCAGACAUUGGAAGGUGGAUGAAGACUCCUCAUUUAUUCAAGACGUUGGAGUUAUUGGAAAGAGUUUGGGUUCAGCACCCUGAUGACUCGACGCGUACUUGGGAGACGAUUGAAGGUAUCAACGUCGACUUUCUUCCUUACUAG